CGCAUCGAGCCCACAAUCUAUCGCACUGUCAUCGACGACGUGAUCGCGAACAUCAAGCCCGAGUUCGACGAGUAUGGUGUCACUCAGGAGGUGCUCGACCAGCUCCAGGACAAAUGGGAGCAGAAGGUGAUCAACUCACGAGUCGCCGACUUUGAUAACAAUGUGCCGCCCCCGCCCGCCCCAGUGCCGGCGCCCACUCCUGCGGUCGCACCUCCCCCUUUGCAGCAGGCAACACAGCAUCACCCGCCUAUGCCGCAACUGUAUUCGAUGUUUCCGUACAACUAUGCGCCACCGCCAGGUCCGCAAGUACAGCCGCAGGUGAAGACGGAACCGACGGACCCCACGCGAGGUUAUCCAGCCAGCUUGUUCACGCUUCCAAAACCGGGCGUUCCAGGCGGAACUCUCCCAGCUCUAUACGCACCGGCAAGGCCGCAGACUGGGCAGCCACCACAGCAACCAAGGAUACCUCAAGCAGAUGGCCCGUCUGCUCAGCCACCUCGACCAACGCAUCCAUCUCUACAGCCAACUGGUCCGCCGCGCCCACCACAGGUGGCUCGCCCAGUCUCCGUACCAACGCCCGUUGCUGCGCCUCCACCUCGUCCUCCUCCGGAAGAUGACGAGGAGAUCAAUUCCGACCUAGACGACUCCGAUUCGGAUGGGGAGCAAAAUGGCGAGGAGCAGGCAACGAGCGGCGCUGCUGACGGCGAUAUCGUGUUCUGUACGUACGACAAGGUCCAGCGUGUGAAGAACAAAUGGAAGUGUGUUCUCAAGGAUGGUGUGAUCCAUAUGAACGGGCGCGACUACCUGUUCUCGAAGUGCACGGGACUACGGCGCUCGCCUACUGAGGCUCGUCGUUUGGACAAUUCGAAUGCCUUGUCGUUGACGAACCUCGUCGUCGAGGCUACCACAGUCGCAUGCUCCACUGUUGCCUUCAGUGACCCCUCCUUGCCUAUCUAUAUGCUUACUCAUGCCCACCUCUCAUAA